ACCGGAAGUACUUGAUCUGCACCGGAUGUACAAAUUUUCAAUGUGACCUGCGCUUGUUAUCGCUUACAGUAUUCUUGUUUAACAAAAUCUAAUUUAAAGUCUAAAAAUGUUUCUCACCGCCGUGAACUUGGCUAAGGCAAAAUCCAAGAACAUCCUGGUGCAGAUGGUCAGUGCUGCUGGGACUGGAUACUGUUUCAACACAAAGAGGAAGCGUCUCAGUGAAAAACUGAUUCUGCGUAAACAUGACCCGCGUGUGAAUAAACACGUCUUAUUCAUUGAGAAGAAGAAGAUCAGAUCAAUUUAACAAUGCUCAAAUAUACAUGGACAACGUGUAAAGUUUGAAAAGACAGUUUUAUUGUCUCGGAUUGUACAAGCCAUCAGUCAAAAAGCAUCUCUGAGAGGCUUUCUUCUGAAAUCUGCAGCUCUUCAACACCACAACAGUUCAGCGUGAUGCAAACUGAGCUACAAGUCUUACUAAUGCUUUACUGGAAACAUAAAAAAAAAUCUCUUGGAGACAACACGUUUCUUGAUGUAUUAAAAUUGUUUUGAAAUUGGUAAAUAUAUUUGUGAGACAUAAUCUCUUGGGGUAAUUCAAUAAAU